AUGGCGUCCUCUAUCCUCGUCGGUGCGGUAAAGGCUGUAUCAGGAAUCUUACUACGGCCCUUGAAUAUUUUGGCAUCUUCAGCCUAUCAAAACUGUGCCAAGAAUGCCUGUCUUAUUUCUGCAUUGUCUGCCCGACAUUUUAGUCAUGUUCAAACACCAGUUGUUUCUUCUGCUCCCACACUUACUACACCUGUUGGAAACCUGAUGUGUGGGCGUACUGCAGCAGUUCUUAACAGAGUGGCCCCCUUGCUUCCUAAUGUGCUGAUGCUACCAGUCAGAACUGUAACAUACUUCAGCGCAAGAAAAGGAAAGAGAAAGACUGUGAAAGCUGUUGUCUAUAGAUUCCUUCGACUUCAUUCUGGCCUUUGGCUAAGGAGAAAGGCUGGUUAUAAGAAAAAACUAUGGAAGAAGAAAGCUGCAAGGAAGAAACGCUUGAGGGAAUUUGUCUUCUGCAAUAAAACCCAGAGUAAACUCUUAGAUAAAAUGACCACAUCAUUCUGGAAGAGGCGAAACUGGUAUGCUAAUGACCCUUACCAGAUGUACCAUGAUCGCACAAACCUGAAAGUAUAG